CUCACAUUUGACAGUUCGUUUCUAUCAUUUUGACACCGGCUAGUAUCUGUUGUUUUUUGUGUUUACAAUACAAUUGAUAAUUCUUUUUCCAAAAAACAAAAAUAUAUUAAACAAAUAAUAAAACAUGGAUAUGAUAUUAGCAAAUGUUAAUAAUAUCUACUUUAAAGUAGAAAAAGAUCUAACAGAACAAGUGGGUGCCAUAUCAUUGCCAUUUUUUGGCAUGGACAAGUCGGUGGCAGCAGUUUGUCAAUUUCUAAACUCUAAGAAUGGAGUGGAAUGUAGCAAAGGAGUGAUGUGUCCAUUUCGACAUAUACGGGGAGAUCGAACUAUAGUCUGUAAGCAUUGGUUGCGUGGCCUAUGCAAGAAAGGAGACCAAUGUGAAUUUUUACAUGAAUUCGAUAUGAAAAAGAUGCCCGAGUGUUAUUUUUACUCUCGUUUUAAUGCAUGUCAUAACAAGGAAUGUCCCUUUUUGCAUAUCGACCCUGAAAGUAAAAUUAAGGACUGUCCCUGGUACGACCGAGGAUUUUGUCGCCAUGGUCCUCACUGUCGUCAUCGUCACGUAAGAAGAGUUUUGUGUAUGAAUUAUUUGGCCGGCUUCUGUCCAAACGGUUGGAACUGUAAACAUAUGCACCCACGUUUUGAGCUACCCCCAAGUGCUGACCUAAGCAAGGAAACGUUCCAGAAGAAAAUACCUACAUGCCAUUUUUGUGGAGAAUUUGGACAUAAGGCAUCCGUAUGUAAAAAGAAUCCCGAAAGUAAUGCAGACCAAAUACCAACGAAGCCGGCAUCUAAUGCUCGUUAUCAGAAUUAUUGUGGUCCGAAUAAUUCGGGUCAACCAAAUAAUCAACAUAAAGAUACCCAAGAAAAUCUUAGCAAUGAUGCUGGCAAUGAAGAAAAUUCCGAGACAACUUCAAGUACUAAUACUACUAAUAGCAAUGGGCCACCAUACCCUAAGGUAUCUAAACCAUUAGAUGAAAUCACCUGUUACAAAUGCGGUAACAAAGGACAUUAUGCUAAUAAAUGUCCUAAAGGCCACUUAGCUUUUCUUUCUAAUCAUCGUAGCCACAAAUGAUAAAUUGUGUCGUCCACUUAAUACAUGUAUAUGUUUUCUUUAAUUUAAGGUUAUAAUUUUUCAAGUUGUAUUAUCGUAAUAAAACAUUGUAAAAAUAA